AACGUCGAACGCAGAACACCGAACAGGUCCAUCAUCGCAGCUCAUAGCUCACAGCUCACAGCUCAGAAAGCAUCAGCGCAGUAGACCAAAAGAUUUGGUUCGAAACGGAAACAAAGUGCGACAAGUGCUAAUAAUUAAAAGGCACUUACCUAAAGUACACGAUCGACAUGGAGGCACCGGAGUUCAAGGACUUUGCCAAAUCAAUGGUGGAUUAUAUAGCCGAAUAUUUGGAGAACAUACGAGACAGACGUGUCCUGCCCGAGGUAAAGCCCGGAUACUUGAAGCCACUGAUACCGGAUGCAGCACCCGAGAAGCCCGAGAGCUGGCAGGACGUGAUGCAGGACAUCGAACGUGUGAUUAUGCCGGGUGUGACGCACUGGCACAGUCCCAAGUUUCACGCCUACUUCCCCACGGCCAACUCCUAUCCGGCCAUUGUGGCAGACAUGCUGAGUGGAGCGAUCGCGUGCAUUGGCUUCACCUGGAUCGCCAGUCCCGCCUGCACCGAGCUGGAGGUGGCCAUGAUGGACUGGCUGGGCAAGAUGAUCGAUUUGCCUGCCGAGUUCCUGGCCUGUUCGGGCGGCAAGGGUGGCGGUGUCAUUCAGGGCACAGCCAGUGAGUCCACCCUGGUGGCCCUGCUCGGCGCCAAAGCGAAGAAGGUGAAAGAGGUGCAGGCUGAGCAUCCGGAUUGGGACGAGCACACGAUCAUUGGCAAACUCGUCGGCUACUGCUCGGAUCAGGCGCAUUCCUCUGUGGAGCGAGCGGGACUCCUGGGAGGCGUCAAGCUGCGUUCGGUGGCGUCGGACAACAGUCGCAUGCGCGGUGAUGCGCUGGAGAAGGCCAUAAAGGAGGAUCUGGAGAAUGGUCUGAUACCCUUCUAUGCUGUGGUCACUCUGGGCACAACCAACUCGUGCGCCUUCGACCGCCUGGACGAAUGUGGCCCUGUGGGCAACAAGCACAAUGUGUGGAUCCACGUGGAUGCCGCCUACGCUGGCUCCGCUUUCAUCUGCCCGGAGUAUCGGCAUCUGAUGAAGGGCAUCGAGACGGCCGACUCGUUCAACUUUAAUCCCCACAAAUGGAUGCUGGUGAACUUCGAUUGCUCGGCCAUGUGGCUCAAGGAUCCAAGCUGGGUGGUGAACGCGUUCAAUGUGGAUCCGCUCUACCUGAAGCACGACAUGCAAGGCUCUGCUCCGGACUACCGCCACUGGCAGAUCCCGCUCGGCAGACGCUUCCGCGCCCUCAAGCUCUGGUUCGUGCUGCGGCUGUACGGCGUGGAGAACCUGCAGGCACACAUUCGUCGCCACUGCAACUUUGCCACACAAUUUGGGGAGUUGGCCGUCGCAGACUCACGCUUCGAGCUGGCCGCUGAAGUGAACAUGGGCCUCGUCUGCUUCCGUUUGAAGGGCAGCAACGAGCGCAACGAGGCGCUGCUCAAGCGCAUCAACGGCCGUGGAAAUAUUCACAUGGUGCCAGCGAAGAUCAAGGACGUUUACUUCCUGCGAAUGGCCGUCUGCUCGCGCUUUACCAAAUCCGAGGACAUGGUGUACACCUGGAAUGAGGUCAGUGCUGCAGCCACCGAAGAAAUUGAAGCCGCGAAGUAAGACAGUCAGCCGUUGAUGAAGGACUGAGGAAUUGUGACAUGUUUAGGGAAUUUACAUCGCAAUAAGAUGGAUGGGGAGCAGCCCGUUCAUCGCCACAUCAUAAUCUAGUAUCUAAUCAUCGUUGUUGUUGUUUGUUGUUCAUGCUUUAAAUUUACUAUUAUGCUACUUCUAAUUAAACGUAUCUGCUUACAAGUA